AUGGCUCCUCAAUCGGCGAAGCGGAGUUCCGCCAAAGACGAUGAUUUCGUAUUUACGCUCUCCGACGACGAACUCGACACCCGUUUCGAAGAAGAAGAUGGGGACAACGAGAUGCAGGAUGAUAAUGCGCCAGCAGCAGAAAACAAAAAGCGCAAGCGCGAGGUUGAAAGUGUCAAGCCCAAGAACAAGAAACAGAAGCAGCAAGAAAAGCAGCAAUUGAAAAACGCCAAGAAGAACAAGAAGAACGCCGAGCCCGCACCCGAACCCGAGUCGGAAGAGGAGGACGAUGAUGCGGCGGCGGCGGAUGCAACAGAAGACGACGGCGUCUUGGACCCCGAUUUCGAGUUCGAUGUCGGCGGUGUCGCGAACCAAGGUGUCACUGAAGGCUUUGAUGGCUGGGGUAUUGAUGACAACGAAAAGAAGCGCUCCGGCGACAAGAAGGCUGUUGAUAUUGACGAUAUCAUUGAGCGGAGGCAGGCCAAGAAGGAUGAGGCUGCUGCUAGGAAGCAGAAGAAGAACCCUGUCCAGAAGGAGGAGAGCGUCAGCGCAUCUGAAGACGAGGCUGCAUCAGGCGAUGAAAUGCCCGUUGACUUCGAGGAUGAUGAGCUCAUGGCCGAAGACGCUUUCGGCAUGGGCGCGGACGGCGAGGAGGAGAGUGAUGCCGAGGGCCCCGAGCCUGGCUCUGGGGAUGAAGACGAGGAGGACGAUGAGGAUAAGGAUGAGGAUUCCGAUGAUGAUGCUGCAUCUGACAACGACUCUGUCGCCACACCCGUCGGUCACCCCGAUGACAGAGGCUCAGACAUGGAGUCUGAUGUAGAGAGCGAGGUGGAUGAGGAGGAAGCAGAGAAGCGGAAAGCAUUCUUUGCCCCCGAAGAAAAGGUUGACACCAAGGCCAAUAUGGCCAAGAUGACUUUCCAAGAAUUCAAUCUCUCCCGCCCCAUCCUUCGAGGUCUUGCGGCAGUUGGAUUCACAGACCCGACUCCUAUCCAGCGUAAGGCGAUUCCCGUUGCUUUGCUGGGCAAGGAUAUUGUGGGUAGUGCCGUGACUGGUUCCGGAAAGACCGCUGCCUUCAUUGUUCCUAUCCUCGAGCGUCUCCUCUUCCGUCCCCGCAAGGUCCCUACAAGUCGUGUUGUGGUUCUGAUGCCCACUCGUGAAUUGGCUGUUCAGUGUUACAACGUCUCCGUCAAACUGGCCACAUUCACAGAUGUCACAUUCUGUCAAUUGGUUGGUGGUUUCAGUCUUCGCGAGCAGGAGAACGUGCUCAAGAAGCGCCCCGAUGUCAUCAUUGCCACCCCCGGUCGUUUCAUUGAUCACAUGCGCAACUCGCCCAGUUUCACCGUUGAUACCCUAGAGAUUCUGGUUCUUGAUGAGGCCGAUCGUAUGCUUGAGGAUGGUUUCGCCGAUGAGUUGAAUGAGAUUCUCACCACGAUUCCCAAAUCUCGCCAGACUAUGCUGUUCUCCGCGACCAUGACAGACUCAAUUGACAAGCUCAUUCGUGUCGGUAUGAACCGCCCAAUGCGCUUGAUGGUUGAUGCCAAGAAGAACACUGUAUCCACCCUUGUCCAAGAGUUCGUGCGUCUCCGUCCCGGUCGGGAGGAUAAGCGUCUCGGUUACCUCUUGUACCUGUGCAAGGAAAUCUACACCAAGCGUGUUAUUAUCUUCUUCCGACAGAAGAAGGAAGCUCACCGCGUUCGCAUCAUUUUCGGUCUAUUGGGAUUGAAGGCAGCAGAGCUACACGGUAGUCUGAGUCAAGAACAGCGUAUCAAAUCCGUCGAAAACUUCCGAGAUGGCAAGGUUGCCUUCCUUCUCGCCACCGACGUUGCGUCUCGUGGUCUGGAUAUCAAGGGUGUCGAGACCGUCAUUAACUACGAGGCACCUCAGAGUCACGAGAUCUACCUGCAUCGUGUUGGACGUACAGCCCGUGCCGGCCGCUCCGGUCGUGCAUGCACGAUUGCCGCCGAGCCCGACCGCAAGAUCGUCAAGCUUGCCGUCCGCGCCGGCAAAGCACAAGGCGCCAAGAUUGCCAGUCGUGUAGUUGAGCAAGCCGUCGCAGACAGCUGGGCGCAAAAGGCCGAGGAUAUGGCUGAUGAGGUGACGGAGAUCUUGCAAGAGGAAAAGACCGAGAAGCAGUUCUCUCAAGCCGAGAUGCAAUUCACCAAGGGUGAGAACCUCAUGAAGCACGGAAACGAGAUCAUGUCACGGCCGAAGCGGACGUGGUUCGAGACCGAGAAGGAGAAGAAGGUUGCUCGCAAAUUGGGUAACGUGGAGUUGAACGGUCCCAACACCAAGAAGAGCAAUGUCAAGCUCAGCAACAAGGACAAGAAGCGUCUAGAUGAUGCACAGAUGAGACACGAUGGUAAUAUCGGGUGGAAGAAGGGCAAGGGUGAUGCGGAAUCUGCCAAGGACCCUAAGAAGAACAAGAAUAAGGGCAAGGGCAAGUUAAAUGUAACGGAGCUAGUCCGUCGUGUUCGCGAUGCGCCGCGCGCAACGAGCAGUCUGGAGGCUAGGGUUGCGCAGUUGGAGGAAGCUUUGUUGAAGCGCGGGGAGGAAGAGGUGCGGAAGACGAGAUCACCCUCAUCGACUGAGUCUAGCUCGAGCGGAACAAAGAUAAAGAUCGAUCCCGAUGCUGAAGAUCUUAGUCGAGCAUUUGAUGGUCUGAAUGUGGAAAAUGACGGGCGCGUCUCAUUUCAUGGACCGACGAGUUUGUUCCAGUUGCCUAGUGGGGUAGUGAGCGAAGCCGCGUCGACUUCGCAUUACGCGCAGGAAUUGGAAGGUCGCAAAGAGCGGCUUGUUAAUAGCGCAUGGCGAGAAAGGGCAUUCGAGCAAAUGGCUGCUAUGCCGGAGCCUUUCCAGUAUCUUCUCGACUCGCAUUGGUGCUGGAUCCAGCCGCUGUGGAAUUUUGUCUACCGUCCUGCAUUUACACGUGAUAUGAAAAUUAAUGGGGCUUAUUACUCCGACGUCUUACUAAAUGCUAUUCUUUCUCACUCGGUGCGCUGGUGCAAAUCGGAGCCUCAGAUUGGCCCGCUUCUGGACUCCUAUGACGGCGGUGCACAGUUCUCCCAUCGCGCAUUGACUGGGGUGUUCGACUCUCUCAAAAUUGGUUAUGCAGGCAUCCCUACCAUUCAAACAUUACUCCUUCUCAGUGCCCAGGAAUGCGGCCGUGGAAAUCGGACGCAGGCUUGGCUAUACAGUGGCAUGGCCUUCCGACUGUUGGACGACUUGGGUAUAUCCAUCGACAGCCGGAAAUAUUCAGGAUCCGCUCAACUGAGUGAUGAAGAUAUUGAAAUACGGAACCGUCUAUUCUGGAGUUGUUAUUUCUGGGAUAAGGUGGUUUCAUUGUACUUUGGCCGGGCGCCGACGAUGCAGCACUCUCGCGUUAGCCCACCACGCAUGAUUCUUGAUGACACCGCUGAGAUCGAAAUAUGGACACCUCAUGGGGUGAGCUUCACUGAUGGUGCUCACUAUCCGCCGACGCAGGCGCAUUCAACGUCAUGUUUCAUGAAGAUGUGUGGUCUGGCGGAAGUCUUGAAUCAGAUUCUGAUCCACAUAUAUGACCCAAUCCGCCGAAGCACGGACUCGGAAUUCUUUGAUUGUGUUCAGGAGCAGGCCAAAAAUCUGAGUGACUGGUGGGAUGAGUUACCGGACUACUUGAAAUUAACGGCGAUAGACCUUCCUCCAUACUCACCACCGAGCCAUAUCGUGAUUUUGAAUUGUUUCUAUCAUACUAUCAACAUCCUUCUCCACCGACCAAUUCUCUGCUCCCGAGAGUUGCUCAAAGCCCGCCCCGAAGCAUACGACUCGACCCAUCUUGUACAAUGCAUGGCAUCAGCAACAUCAAUUCUAUCUCUCUUCGAUCUAUACCGCCGUACAUUCGGCGACAGCCACGUCGUCCUCUCUCUAGCAUACAGCAUCUACACAGCAGCAUCGAUUUUCCUACUCGAGAUCCAAGCCUUGAAGUAUGCCGCACCGGGAACACUGGACAAACUCAAGUUCUGCAUUUUCGCCCUUGAGAGAGUCAAGGCCGCCAACCCCGUUAUCACAACAGCGCUCAGCCUCAUCUCCCUGGAGCUCCAAAAACUCCAAAUCAACAUCCACGGACCACUCCCCGUACCCAUUCCCGAGUCUAAACAGGAACACCAACCUCAACAUCAUCAAUCCCCACGCCAAUCCCAUCCCCAUCCUCACCACCCCCAGCCCAGCGAGUCUCCAUCAAUAGGCAGCAACCCAUCCCGCCACGUCUCCCCACACCAGCAUCACCACCAACCACAAGCAUCGAUAGUCACACAAGCUCAGACGACCGGCCCUGAAAACCCGCCCCUCAUGGGACCAUACAAUACCUUCCAGCACCCGGGAGCAGGUUUCAACAUCCCGCAUCCGAGUGAGAUGCCCCAGAUGCCGCCUACGCACUUGCUAGGCGGGAUGCCAAAUGCCGUCAUGACGGUGGAUGACCCCAGUUCUUACGAAAUCACGCCUGAGGUAUAUGAGGCAUUCUCGUAUGCGCAACCGAUUACGACGAACAUGACGCCUGUUUUUGAUCAGGGGUGGGGUGGACCUUCUCAAUGA